UUGAUUUCUUCUUCUCUAAACACCUUCUCUCCUAUAGUACGAAAUUGCAAGAGCCGGUACUUUGGCUUUUGGCUCCAAGGAGUCCUGCCUGCUGCAUGAUAAAGAAUUAGUGCCCUUUUCUUGAAUUCUAUUUAGGUGGGACUGGAGGAGCUGAAGGAGGAAUACUGCAAUGGACAACACAGCAAAUGCACUUGAAGCUAUUAGCAAGGAAACUGUUGAUCUGGAGAAUGUCCCUAUUGAAGAAGUUUUCGAGAAGUUGAAGUGUACCAAAGAGGGUCUCAGUGACGAUGACGUUCAAAAGCGGUUGGGGGUGUUUGGAUACAACAAACUCGAAGAGAAAAAGGAAAGUAAAAUACUCAAGUUUUUGGGCUUUAUGUGGAAUCCAUUGUCAUGGGUUAUGGAAGCAGCAGCAAUUAUGGCCAUCGCACUUGCACACGGAGGGGGUAAAGGUACAGAUUACCAUGAUUUUAUCGGCAUUUUGACGCUGCUUAUUAUCAAUUCAACCAUCAGCUUUAUAGAGGAAAAUAAUGCUGGAAAUGCAGCGGCAGCUCUUAUGGCUCGGCUUGCACCAAAAGCAAAGGUCUUACGUGAUGGGAAAUGGAGAGAGGAAGAGGCCGCAGAAUUGGUCCCAGGAGACAUUGUUAGUAUCAAAUUAGGUGACAUCAUUCCUGCCGAUGCUCGAUUGCUUGAAGGAGAUCCUUUGAAAAUUGAUCAGUCUGCCCUUACAGGAGAGUCGCUUCCAGUAACUAAGAAUCCUGGUGAUGGAGUUUACUCUGGUUCAACUUGUAAGCAAGGUGAAAUUGAAGCGGUUGUUAUUGCUACUGGAGUUCAUACCUUCUUUGGAAAAGCAGCUCAUCUUGUGGAAAACACUACACAUGUUGGGCACUUUCAGAAGGUCUUGACUGCAAUCGGAAACUUCUGCAUCUGCUCAAUUGCCAUUGGGAUGUUGAUUGAAAUCAUUGUAAUGUAUGGGAUUCAAGGAAGGGCGUAUCGUGUUGGCAUAGAUAACCUUCUUGUUUUGCUCAUUGGUGGUAUCCCCAUUGCUAUGCCUACAGUUCUUUCCGUAACCAUGGCUAUAGGUUCUCAUCGUUUGUCUCAACAGGGGGCCAUAACAAAGAGAAUGACUGCUAUUGAAGAAAUGGCUGGGAUGGAUGUGCUCUGCAGUGAUAAAACAGGAACUUUAACUCUUAACAAACUUACAGUCGACAAAUCUAUGAUAGAGGUUUUUUCCAAGGAGGUUGACAAGGACAUGGUUGUCUUGAUGGCUGCAAGAGCUUCACGGUUGGAGAAUCAAGAUGCUAUUGAUGCAGCCAUUGUUUCCAUGCUGGCUGAUCCUAAAGAGGCACGAGCUGGAAUCACAGAAGUUCACUUUCUUCCCUUCAAUCCAACUGACAAGAGGACAGCACUUACAUACCUAGACAGUGCUGGAAAGAUGCACAGAGUGAGCAAAGGAGCACCAGAGCAGAUUCUCAAUCUGGCAUGGAAUAAAUCAGACAUCGAAAGAAGAGUGCAUUCCAUAAUCGAUAAAUUUGCUGAGCGUGGACUUCGAUCUCUCGGUGUUGCUCGACAGGAGGUGCCUGCUGGUAACAAGGACAGUCCUUGUGGGCCCUGGGAAUUUGUUGGUCUUCUCCCUCUUUUUGAUCCACCACGCCAUGAUAGUGCUGAAACUAUUAGGAGAGCUCUAGAUCUAGGUGUAAGUGUUAAAAUGAUCACAGGUGACCAGCUAGCAAUUGGAAAGGAGACAGGAAGGCGGCUUGGUAUGGGAACAAACAUGUAUCCAUCAUCCUCUUUGCUUGGUGAAAACAAGGAUGGAGUUGGAGCUCUACCAAUUGACGAGCUCAUAGAAAAUGCUGAUGGUUUUGCUGGUGUUUUCCCAGAGCACAAGUAUGAGAUUGUGAAGCGAUUGCAAGCUAAAAAACAUAUAGUUGGAAUGACGGGCGAUGGAGUUAAUGAUGCACCCGCAUUAAAGAUAGCAGACAUAGGAAUCGCGGUGGCAGAUGCAACAGAUGCUGCUCGUAGUGCCUCUGAUAUUGUUCUGACAGAACCUGGACUUAGUGUAAUCAUUAGUGCUGUUUUAACCAGCCGUGCCAUUUUUCAAAGAAUGAAGAAUUAUACCAUAUAUGCAGUAUCAAUCACGAUACGUAUCGUGAUGGGGUUCAUGUUGCUUGCUGUCUUCUGGAAGUUUGAUUUCCCUCCCUUUAUGGUUCUCAUCAUUGCCGUUCUCAAUGACGGAACAAUUAUGACAAUAUCCAAAGACAGAGUUAAGCCAUCCCCAAUACCAGACUGUUGGAAGCUAAGUGAAAUUUUUGCAACAGGGAUAGUGAUUGGCAGCUACCUUGCUGUAAUGACAGUCGUAUUCUUCUGGAUGGCUUUUAAAACCGAUUUCUUUCCGAAGCACUUCCAUGUAAAAAGCUUUAACCAACAUUUGGAUCUUUCGGAUAAAGUUCUCUCCAAGGAACUGAAUGGACAGCUAGCAUCAGCCGUGUACCUUCAAGUUAGCACCAUCAGCCAGGCUCUAAUAUUUGUGACUCGUUCCAGGAGUUGGUCAUAUAAGGAAAGGCCUGGUCUUCUUCUUCUUUCUGCUUUCAUCAUUGCUCAAUUGAUUGCAACUGUGAUCUCUGCCACAGCAACAUGGGAUUUUGCUGGAAUCAGUAAGAUUGGCUGGCGCUGGACUGCUGUCAUAUGGCUAUACAACAUUGUCACAUACAAGCUGCUUGAUCCUAUCAAGUUCGCUGUUCGAUAUGCACAGAGUGGCAGAGCCUGGAGUCUGGUAUAUAACCAAAGAACAGCAAUGACCACCCAAAAGGACUUCGGUAAGGAAGCUCGAAAAGCUGCGUGGGCGGCUGAGCAGCGAACACUUCAUGGCCUCCAAUCUAUGGAAGCAAAAUCGUUCUCCGAAAAGCACACUUUCAGGGACAUUAACAUCAUGGCAGAAGAAGCCAGAAGACGUGCAGAGAUUGCAAGAUUACGAGAGCUUCACACCCUGAAAGGCAAGGUAGAGUCCAUUGCCAAGUUAAGGGGUUUGGAUAUUGAUGUCAACCCCCACUACACAGUCUGAACGAUGAAUUCAUUACGCAAAUAAAGUGCCUCCUCGGAAACCGAUUAACCGGUAGAGAACGGCCGCAGUACAAGGUCUCAAUGGUGCUUCUGCUUCAGCUUUCCUUUUCUCCUUCAAUUUACCCUACGCUGUGCUUGUUCACCACCAUUUGAAUGAGGUGCACCAAGCUCAAAUAUUCCAAGUAAAGUAUCAAUAAAAGGUCGAAAUUAGAUGGCCAUUUUUUGCCCCUUCAUCAAUGUUAUUGCAAUAUUUGAAUGUAAUAAUGAAUUCUCAUCAUAACACAGCUUUGUAGAACAAUUAAA